AAACAUCUGUUCAGUUCAUCGCGAAGCUCAGCAUUUAGUACAAAGAUCUUCAAUAUGAAAUCGUAUCUCGCCGUAUGCCUGCUACUGGGCCUCGCUCUAAGCCACGUUAGUGCCAACUGUUCGGGAUAUUGUCCAGACACUGAGGAUGUGGUUUGGGCUCUUGGAGGAGGAUGCAAUGUAUUCCGGAACAAGUGCUACUUUGACAAGGAGAAUUGCCACCGCAAGCCACCGUUGAAGAUCACAACCAAGGAAGAGUGCCAGAAGCUCUGCGCAGAUGCCUGCCCACAGGUGUUCCAGCCCACAAGUGGCAUCUACAAGGGUCAGGUCCGGCACUUUGGCAAUGAGUGCGAAAAGAUUGUUCACACCUGUCGGACUGGCGAGACCUUUUUGUAAGCCGAGAGACUUAUCGAAGAGAUUUCGUAAUAAAAAGAUUUAUACCUAACUUAAUUAUUUUUAUUUGGAGAUCCCCGUCGAAAUAUUUAAAUAUUUAUUCGAAUUUUGUGUGCUACGUAAGAUCUAAAAUAAAGACAUACAAAAACUCA